CUCUUCACUAUCCAAUCACAUCAGAUCUACAGGAAAGCUCUCUCAAUUUUUAAUUACUAAUAAUAGUAUAAUAAUAUAUACAUAUCACACUUUUAACAACAUCACAGUCAAAUCACCACUCUCUUCUCCGCGAACCCUAAUGUACUUGGAUUAAAAUCUCUGAAAGUUCAAUCAUUCUAGCAACAUAAUAUAUAAAUCAUCACCGAUUUUCACCAUGAAAGAGCGAAAAUCGGUGAAGUUCAAUCUUCAGCAGCAACAACAACACCACCACCACCAAAACGGUCACUUGUCUCCUUUCAAGUUCGCUAAAUUGUUGGAUCCGGAGGCUUCUUGGGACAAGGAUCAAUUAGGGGAUGUACUGCAUUGGAUUCGACAAGUGGUGGCCCUUGUAUGUGGGUUGCUUUGGGGUACAAUUCCUUUAGUUGGAGGCAUAUGGAUUAUUGUGUUCCUCGUGAUAUCCUCUGGGAUCAUAUAUGGUUAUUAUGCAAUGAUACUAAAGAUCGAUGAAGAAGACUUUGGCGGCCAUGGAGCUCUCCUCCAAGAGGGGCUUUUUGUUUCUAUAAUGCUCUUUCUGCUUGCAUGGAUUCUUGUAUACAGCUUGGCGCACUUCUGAUUGGCGGGUUCCCGACAUUGCACUCACCGUCCUCUCUCCUCUCCCGCAGAGUGAUAGUCAAAUUAUCUAUAGAUCAGUUGUACAAGGCUUCACCUUACUGCCCUGACAACAACAAUUUGGAAUCACAUUAUAUGGAAAUAGUAAAAAUUUCCAUUUUCAUUUUCAUGGUUGUGCAAUACUCGUCUGCCAUGCAUGGGACAUAAUAAUAUGUUUCCAUGGCAUUGAACUCUCCUUUAGCAUCCCCAUAGAAUGUGAACAGAUUGUUCUCUGUAUUCCAAAUUAUCAAAUUUUUGUUUUGACAUUCAUGACCGGCAUGCAAUGAACAUUUAUUCCAACAGUUAGUUUGACGAAGGAUCAAUUUUAAUUUGAUUUAUUGAAAGGGUACAACACAAAGGUAUAAA